UCGGUGUCUCUCAUUCUGGCAACCAAUAAAAUCCCCAAUUCAUUACCUCUCUCUCUUCCCAGUAUCUCAAAAAAAUCCCCAAAUCAUCGAAAUAAAAUUCCUAGAAAAUCCCAGAAACCCUAAUCGCCUCAUCUACAAAAUGCACACAAAAAGCCACCAAAUUUUCAUCCAAUCUCAGAAUCCUCAAUUCAAAACCCAAACCCUAACUCUAGACCCAACUCAAACCCUAACCCUCUACAAUCUCAAGCUCUCUCUUAUAACCGACUAUCAAAAUCCAUCUUCUUUCUAUUUCACCCUCAACGGAAAACCUUUAAAAGACUCCACCUGUUUACCAAACCCACAAAUUACCCCUCUCUGCACCCUAAUCUUACAAGCCCGGCUCUCCGGCGGCGGUGGCGAUGGCGGUGCCACGGGGGCGGAGUCCAGGGACUGUUAUCUCAACAUGUAUGCUGAUAAAAAGCCUGAUAAAGUGGAUCCACAUGAACUGCGCCUAUCGAAAUGGCUUAAUUGCUCACUUUCGAAUGAGCCCUUGAGGCAACCUUGCGUAAUUGAUCGACUCGGUAAUAUGUUUAAUAAGGAAGCUUUAGUUGAGGCAUUGAUUGGUAAAAAAUUGCCUAAGGAGUUUGGUUAUAUAAAGGGUUUGAAAGAUAUGAUUGAUAUACAGUUAGAGGUGGUACUGGGUGAGGGGUCGGGUAAUGCAAGGUUUCAAUGUCCGGUAACGGGGUUAGAGUUUAAUGGGAAGUAUAAGUUUUUUGCUUUAAAGAAUUGUGGGCAUGUUUUGAGUGCUAAGGCAUUGAAGGAGGUAAAGUCAUCGGAGUGUCUGGUUUGUUAUAAAGAGUUUGAGGAGUGUGAUAAGAUUGUGAUAAAUGGGAGUGAGGAGGAGGUGGCAGUUUUAAAGGAGAGAAUGGAGGAGGAGAGAUCAAAAAUGAAGGGGACGAAAAUGAAGAAGGUGAAGAACGGAAAACUGGGGGCUAAUGGAGAGGAGUUUUCAGGUCAGGGCACGGAGGUGUCGCAGUUGAGUGGUAAAAAGCAUGGGAUUGUUGAUGUUAAGGGAGUGGAUAACGUUGUUGGGAAAGUGAAAGGAAAUGGGAAGGUUGAGAAUGUGAAAGAGGUUAGUCAUGGUGGUUCGGUAAAGCGGUUUAAGGCUACUGAUAUGGUACCAGCUAAUGCCACUAAGGAGGUAUAUGCAUCCAUAUUUACUUCGUCAAAGAAGCAUAGUUUCAAGGAGACGUAUAGUUGUAGAUCUCUUCCUCUUGGUAGGAACUAAUUGUUGAAGGUGCAUGAGGCCAUGGUGCCUCCUCUAUGACGUGAUUCUUUGUUCUUCUUAGUUAAUAUGCGUAGAAUUUCAUUGUUAUGAACGUAAAGUAGUCAUGUACUGAGACGGGUAUUCCGUGGUAUUUACCUUGAUUGCUUGCUUCCAAAUCAAACGUGCUGUGUACGUUGUGUUUUUCAUAGUAAAGUGUUGCACAACAUAAAUGUUGUUGGCAGAUUUCUGUUUA